CGAGCCACCAAACAGAAUUUAAAAUGCACAGUUUGCGGGUUGGCUUCCUCUUGUUUCAUUUAUGGAUCUAGUUGGAGAUAGGUGGAUCUUUUUAAAUACCAUAUAUGUUGAGCUACUGGCCGUCGCUUCUCUGCCCGAAUUAUGAACAUCUAGUACCCAUGAAAUAACAUCUGUGCUCAUUCUCGCCGUCAUUUCGACCCGCAGCAGUUCCAGCCUGUUGAGGGAUAUUGGAGGGAGCAUGCGAACUCGACUAUAUUUGUUGGACAGUUGUUCAAUAACCUUUAGGGAAAUCUCCGGUUAUGAACUGCCACGUAUGUGAUCGUGGGCCUAACUCCCAACAUCACCUUCUGUGCCCGACGUGUACCCGUAACCAGCUUUAUCCUCUUCGCUUCGAUCACGCCAGGGUUUUAUUAGAAAAGGAAGCUAUAGGGAAAAAAAUCAAAGCUGCAGUGGCGACUGAAAACACAUACGAUACUGAAUCUGUGGAGAAUGGGUGUCUAGGCGACCUGAGAGCUAAAGAGCGCCCGUCUCGCUGGGCCAUUCAAGCUGCCAAAAGUCGUGUUUCGCAGUCGACCGUGAGGACAUCAGAUAUUUUUGACCGCAUGACAACGUUGAGGGAGGAAAUAAGAGAAGGGAAAGAAAACAUAACCCAUCGCAAGGCAUUACUCAAACAGCGACGAUCGGAUAUGGAAUCCGCUACAUAUCAAGUAACAGAUCGACGAGCUUCAAUGUUGGCUACAGUACAAGAUAGCAUAAAGAGAACCGAGCACUUAUGGAAUAGCUUGCAUAAUAAAACUGCACAGUCUCGAGUUUUCCUGUGUCGCGAAGUUGCGAAUCUUUAUCGCUUACGCCAGAGGACGAGACGGAAAAAUGGCGAGCUCAUUGCCGUUUACACGAUCGGAGGAGUUAGCAUUGUGGAUCUCAGAGACCUGAACAGCGCAAACCAUCUUCUCAUUACCACAUCCCUUACCUACAUCUCCCACCUCCUAGUCCUCGUUUCUCAUUACCUCUCCCUACGGUUACCUGCAGAGAUCACGCUGCCCCAUCGAAAUUACCCUCUACCCACUAUAUUUCCGCCGUCAUCUUCAUAUUUAUCACAAGAAACAGCAUUUCCUGGUGCAUCGCCUUCUCAAUCAUCGUCUUCGAGUCCCACAGCUUCUCGAACUACCGAUACUAGGCCACCUCCACGCCCACGGCCCCUUUAUGUCAACAAAUCUCUACCAAAACUUGCACAUGAAGACCCUGCGACCUAUGGGUUGUUCCUUGAAGGAGUUGCACUUCUAGCUUGGAACAUUUAUUGGCUUUGUCGUACUCAAGGACUACAUGUUGGUGUUGAUUCCUGGGAGGAUGUGUAUGAUAUCGGUCGUAACCUAUGGAUGCUUCUCGUUGCCCAGCCGUCUCAUGUGUCAGCGAUAAGCAGAGUGCUCUCAAACCGUGAUACCCAGGCAAAACUUCACAGUUCGAAUAAGGAUGACUCCAAACCAACCAUCCAACGAAACAGGCCCUCGCCCAUGCUUGGCCAUUAUUCUCAUGGAACGGCGCACUCAUUCCUUGGAAGCGCAGAAGGGACGGAGUUUAUGAGAAAGUGGAAACAGCCUUCGACAGCGAAGGUCGUUGACAAGCUGAAAUCCGUUCUCCUGGGAGAAAUGACGAGCGCAGAGUGGGAGUUACUCGACAAAACAGAAUGGGAGGACGAAUAUUCCCAAAGGCAUAUUCUCCCGGAAGGAGAAGAGGAGCCCGCUCCGGCAGCUACAAAAUCCCCUUCAGGUGUGAUGGAUGGCGUUCUCAGUGACGCCGCGAGUUCUCUCGCAGCUAAGCCGCUAGAUGAUGAUAACCAUGGCAAUGAGGACACGACAAAUAACCACCGACUAAAAGGGACACGUGGAUGGACCAAGUUAAAGAAUAGAUGA